CAGGACAACAGACACACAAGACGCAUCCCAGCGGCUCCAUCACAACUCUUCCAACAACAAGUCCCCUGCAGGACAUCCUGAUUCCCAUCCACGUGCAAUGGGCUGCUCGUGCUGCGUUCACUGACACAAGUGAGUUCCCGUCUCUGUGAUCCCUGCCUCCCCGUCAGCAGUCUAUUCAAAAGGCUUCAACAUGCUGCGAGAGAGCUCCAAGGCAUGGAGCAACGGCUCCGAGGCCUACAGCAGCGAUCCCGAGGAAGAUGAGGAGGAGGAGGAGGAGGAAGACAUGGUGUUCGGGGAGAAUGAUCAGGAUGGCGUGGCGGACGAGCUGAUGGAUCUGAGUGACCUGCCCACGUCGCUCUUUGCAUGCAAUGUCCAUGAGAGCGUAUUCGAAGAGGACGUGCACAGGGAGAGAUUCGAGGCGUUGUUUAGGAUCUAUGACGAACAGACGUCAUUCCAGAUGUUCAAAAGCUUCCGGAGAGUCCGGAUCAACUUCGGCACCCCAGAGGUUGCUGCCCGCGCUCGCAUUGAGCUACACGAGACAGAAUUCAACGGCCAGAAGCUGAAACUCUACUUUGCCCAAGUCCAGAAUGGCGAUGAUAACAUUGACAAGUCGUACCUGGCCCCUCCCCAGCCCGUCAAACAGUUUCUGAUCUCCCCGCCUGCCUCGCCACCCGUGGGCUGGAGCCAGAGCGAGGACGCGACACCCGUCAUCAACUACGACCUGCUGUGUGCAGUAGCCAAGCUAGGACCUGGUGAGAAGUAUGAGCUCCACGCGGGGACAGAGUCCACCCCCAGCGUGGUUGUCCACGUGUGCGAGAGCGAGACAGAGGAGGACGAGGCGGCGCGGCCAAAGCAGCAGAUCGUCCAGACCAGACGUCCUGACGGGCCGCCCAAAGUCUUCAACUAGAGAGGCCUCCCCCCAUGACACCGGCGCGGCCCCCUGACCGCACCCUUGAAUUCCGCAACACACCUGCCCUCUCUCUCUUGUCUCUGCACUCACAGAGAGCGUCGAUGCCCCUCAUUUCAGUUCAACUACAAGCAAAAACAAAACCAACAAACAUUGCUCAACAACGGUGUUUGUGGGGAGCGUGGCGAUGGAAUGAGGCGGCCUGAAGGGGAUGGAUGAGAACCACACACACACUCAUCACAUUCUGCGGACAGCGUGGGGAGUGGCGGGCACGCUUGCCUCCACCCCACCAACCCUCCUCGUUUUCAGCAUGAGGGGUCGAAAUACCUGUCCCACUGUAGGCACCUGUCACUUAUCACACACACUCAGCUCUCAUUGCUAGUCCUGCUCAGUAGCUUGCUGGUUAGUUAGCUGGCAAGCCGUACCUCUCCCUUAGCUUCACGGCCAUUUUUUUUUCGCUAACAAAGAUAUUUUUCUUUUUUUUUUCUCCUUUUGUUUAAAAAAAAUGUAUUGUGUCUUAUAUAUAUAUAUAUAUGUGUUCAAUAUAUAUAUAAAAUGCAUAUAUGUGUGUCUGUUAUUUUUCUUUUUCAUCCAUUUUCAUAUCUGGUUUGUCUCUUCAGCUUACAUCAAGAUUGAGUGUGUGAUGUUCCCACUCGUCUGCAUGUAUAUACUAUAUUAGAAAAAAAUACGUACAGAAACACAAGUACUACAAGAUAUAUCGAGAAAAAGGAACCUAUUUAACAUCACACAGCACGAAGCGCCAUAUGUGACUAACAACGUUGUGGUGGUUGUUUUUUUCUUUUGUCGCUCGUUUUUUCGCUUUUUGUCUUUUUUAUUUUAUUUGGAGAGGUGUUGUUUUUUGCUAAACUACUAGAUGUGUAUUCUUACUAUGUAUUUUAUACCCCAACACUUUUUGCAUGCUUACUUAUUUCCGUAGAUGAGGAGCUGAGGUGUUUUUUUAAUUUUUAUUGUCGUUUGUGAUGACAGGGAAAUAAAUGGUGUGACGCUUCUGACGCAAGUGCAUAUCCCCACGCAGAGUUUAAAAGUGACGUCUUUGGGGGGAAAAAGCUUAAUGGGUUUUUUGUAUGAUUGACGGUUCAGUCUUUGGCAUGGAGGCAAAUUUGCAUUUGUCGCUUUUUGGGGGAUUUGAUGGAUCAGAGACAGUUAAUCCCCCCCCUCAUUUCCUUCAAGGGUUUUAGAGAGGUUGUUUGUUUGUUUUUCUCUCUGAUUCCGUUUGUUGAAUUUCAUAUCUUUAAUGUUUUGGUUAUGUCGUUUGAUCAAACCCACUUUCUAUGUGUCAGGUUUUUUCUUCUGAAACCUACUGCUUUUUUUGCACUGAGUAUCUCUCGAUAUCUCCAAGCAAUUGCGGGGCUCUCAAGCGUCUACUGCUGCGCGCCUGAUUACUACUGCGCUGCUUUUCUCUGUAAAUAGCUGAGCGUGGUGUCGAUUUGUGGAAAUAGUCCUUAUAGAUUUUGUAGUUUACCUGGAAGCAUUUUGCUGAGAAAAGGGAAUAUUAGGGUAGCCUCAUGAGAUAUCAACCAAAGCAUUCACUCAUACAAUGAUUUUUUUUCUUAAAGACACUAAUGUAUAUUUGUUAAUCUGAGAGAAAUCACAUUUUCCCAACACAUCUGCAAUUACUUUAUUGCAUUUUUAUUUUAUAUCGAAAAAACUCCUUUUCCACUUUUUAUGUUUUUUUUGGCACAAACUCAAACUAAUUCCCCUAAAAAAAAAUCAUAACUUUCUUACUUCCUUUUCUUCUUUUAUUGUGCAAUUCUCCCUUCAGUCCUUUAUCAGCUUAAUGUGCUUCAACUACUCUUUUGAUGAAAUCAUUCUGUGCUUUAGAAGCAACAGGAACAAAUGUUUCUAACAGGGAUUUGUGGGUGUCAGCAGUGAGUCUAAACCUUGUUUGUCAUUAGGCAGCAUGAAAUCGAACUUUUUUGCUGUUUUAUUUUGCAAAAGUCCAUCUGCAUGUGAGCACUUUAUCGUCAGUGUUUCGUUUCCUUGACAUGAAUUGUCUUUCUUGAGACAAAGUAGGAAGCACAUUGAAUUUCUUGUUUCUUUCGUGUUUUUUCUUUUUAUCUCAAGCUGAACACCUGGUUAGCCUUUUCACCAGCAUAUUGCAGUGAGUGAUACACUCCACUUCCUUUUUGCUAGCGUGAACCUUGGAGAAUUUCAGGCCUUUUUGGAUAUAUAUAUGAAAGUGUGCUACUGGAAAACGUGCAGAGACGCAGCACAGUAGGAGGCUGAAAACGAGGCAGGAUGACACUGCAGAACAAAAUCAAUGUCUUUGUUUUUGUGUUUGUCCACAAGAAAAAACAUAAUCUUAUCUUCUGAGAGAGUUAAACAGUUCUUUGAGAUUCAUCCUGUUGGCAGAGUGCAGUUUUAUUGGCACUACAGUAAAGCUGUCGUGGUUAUUGAUGCAGACGGCAGAUUGGUGGAGCUGCUGAGGUGGAUUAUGAGAAAGAGGAAGCAGUGGGACACUUGUGGAGGUUUUUUUACUCUGGUCGUGGUGUUUCAAACUGGGUGCAUUUUGGUCACAGAGGAAAUGAAAAUGUAUAUUUAUGUACAUAUGCCAAGUUUUUUUGUUGCUGAGGCCAGUCCCAGUGUGCGGUUUGUUACAGCUUCUCUUUGCAAUGUUGUAAUGGGAAAAAAUAUGACGUAAAAAAGUGUAACAAUAAGUCCUGCUCGAUCAAAACCAACUGUCAUUGUGUUGUGUUCAACAGUUCGACAUGGACUCUGUUUGAAGGUUUCUUUUACUUUCGGGGAACGUCUACUAAAAAGGUCAAUACUACACUUUGUCACUGUUGUACUGUUUCUGUUGAAAUAUGAAUAUUGUAUCUUGUAUUGUAGAAUUCCAGAAAACAAAGUAGCAAAACAAGCAAUAAUUUACAGUUCUAUAAUACCGGUAUCUGUAUUUUCAUGGUCUGUAUUUACUUCUCAGAGAUGGUCUCUGUCUCUUACAGUAUCUGCUUCUAUUUGUGUAGUAUAAUAGUCCUUUGUUUCACAUACAAUAUACAUAAAGACUUAUUCUUAAAA